CGCUGGGAAGGGAACAAGGAAGUAAAACGAGCGAGAACCUGAAGUGAGGUGUGCGAGGCUGUCAUUUGAACACUGUCACUUCACCGUUGCUCUACCCGCAGAACACCAUGGCUCAAGCAGACAUUGCACUGAUCGGAUUGGCUGUCAUGGGCCAAAACCUCAUCAUGAACAUGAAUGACCAUGGCUUCGUGGUCUGUGCUUACAACCGAACCGUGUCCAAGGUGCAUGACUUCCUGAAGAAUGAGGCCAAGGGCUCCAAGGUGAUUGGAGCAGAGUCUCUGGAGGACAUGGUGUCCAAGCUGAAGAAGCCCAGGAGGAUCAUUCUGCUGGUCAAGGCUGGACAGGCUGUGGAUGACUUUAUCGACAAACUGGUUCCUCUUCUCGAGGCUGGGGAUAUCAUCAUCGACGGCGGCAACUCUGAAUACAGAGACACAACACGGCGGUGUAAGAGUCUGAAAGAGAAGGGUUUGCUGUUUGUCGGCAGUGGAGUCAGUGGCGGAGAGGAGGGGGCACGCUAUGGACCCUCACUCAUGCCAGGAGGACAUAAAGAGGCCUGGCCACAUAUAAAAGACAUCUUCCAGAGCAUCGCUGCCAAGGUUGGAACAGGAGAACCUUGUUGCGACUGGGUGGGAGAUGAGGGUGCUGGGCAUUUUGUGAAGAUGGUCCAUAAUGGCAUUGAGUAUGGCGACAUGCAGCUGAUUUGUGAGGCCUAUCACCUGAUGAAGGAUGUUCUGGGUAUGGACCACGAUGAGAUGGCACAGGCCUUCGACAGUUGGAACAAAACAGAGCUCGACUCCUUCCUGAUCGAGAUCACGGCUAACAUCCUUAAAUACCGGGACUCGGAUGGCACACACCUGCUGCCCAAGAUCCGCGACAGCGCCGGACAGAAAGGAACAGGGAAGUGGACGGCCAUUUCAGCCCUGGAGUACGGCACACCUGUCACCUUGAUUGGGGAGGCUGUCUUUGCCAGAUGCCUGUCCUCACUAAAGGAUGAGAGGGUGGAGGCCAGCCGCAGCCUUUCAGGGCCUCAGGGGGUCAAAUUCAGCGGGGACAAGGCCGCCUUCCUGGAGGACAUCAGAAAGGCCCUGUACGCCUCCAAGAUCAUUUCCUACGCACAGGGCUUCAUGCUUCUGCGGCAGGCAGCCAAAGAGUUCGACUGGUCCCUCAACUACGGUGCCAUCGCUCUGAUGUGGAGAGGAGGCUGCAUCAUCCGGAGUGUCUUCCUGGGUAAAAUCAAAGAGGCUUUUGACAGGGACGCAGAGCUGCAAAACUUGCUGCUGGACAGUUUCUUCAGUGAUGCUGUGCAGGACUGUCAGGAGUCAUGGCGCAGAACAGUCAGCACUGGAGUCCAGCAUGGCAUCCCUAUGCCCUGUUUCACCACAGCUCUGUCCUUCUACGAUGGUUACAGACAUGAACAGCUGCCAGCAAACCUCCUCCAGGCCCAGAGGGACUACUUUGGAGCCCACACAUAUGAACUGCUGUCAAACCCUGGUCAUUUCAUCCACACCAACUGGACGGGCCACGGUGGAAAUGUCUCCUCCUCAUCCUACAAUGCUUAAGGUUCCUCUGCACAUCACUCAAAAACACAAAAAAGACGGGAGGCGGAGGACAAGGGGAAGUUAUCUGUGAGAGAAGAAGACAUGUUACACAUUCCAUCUUUAUAACCAUGCCUGAAUAUUUAGGAGCCACCCACCCCAACAAUGACCUGAAUCCAACUUUUUACUCCUUUCAAAGACGUGUUGUUGCGGUUUUAUUUAUCAAGAAGUGGAAUCAUAGAUUGUGUGCUUUGUUAACUCUACACCCUGUGUGUUUUGGUGUAGCGACUGAGGAGUGUUGACUCCAUCUGAAUGCUAUUGAUAUUAUGCUGGCUAUCAGGCUUACUCUCACCUGUCAUGUUGGGCCCAGGGUUCACCGUGUUAACACUGGAUUAAGGUGAACUGUUGCACUGUACUGUAUUAGGCUAAAUAAAGACUUCAAUCCCUUUA